ACACCCCCAGGCGGCAGGAAACAAACAGCCAUUUGAUUUUCUCACAGUCAUCCACCAGCCUCCGCCCUCCGCCAUGAUAGACGAUCAGAAACAACUCGAUCGAACUCAACAGCAUUCAAUUCCCACCUUUGAUUUAGAUCGGUUGGAAAUCGUCACGGCUCUCGGACGAGGAGCCAAAGGAGUGGUGUUCCUUGUCAGAGAUAAAGUGAAGGGUGAUAUUUUAGCUUUGAAAGUAAUAUCUCGAGAUUCGAUCGAAAAGAAGAAUGCUAAAGAUGUGAAGAAUACUAAUGAAAACGAGUAUAGAAGAGUUAGUUUUGAACAGGAAGUAUUGGGGACUUUUAACCAUCCGCUUUUACCGACGUUGCGAGGAGUUUUGGCUACCGAUAAAGUCGUCGGUUACGCCAUUGAUUAUUGUCCCGGCCGUGAUCUUCACUCUUUGAGGAAGAAACAGACUGAGAAAAUGUUCUCCGACGAUAUGAUAAGAUUUUAUGCAGCGGAAUUGGUUCUGGCUCUGGAGUAUCUUCAUAAUUUAGGCGUUGUUUAUCGAGAUUUGAAGCCUGAAAAUAUUUUGAUUCAAGAAAACGGUCAUAUCAUGCUUGUAGAUUUCGAUCUUUCCACGAAACUCUCUCCAAGAUCGCCUGAGAAAUCUAUACCUCCCAACUCGGUCAAUAAGAGUCCGUCCGACUCAGUCAAGAAAAAGCAGUUAUUUCCUUUUGUUAGGUGCUGUAACUCUGGAAUUGCUCCGGACGACGCGGCAUCUCAAGCAAGCGUCCGUAAGGAUCGUACUGAGUCAAGCUAUGUGGAGAAGUCAAACUCGUUCGUGGGAACAGAGGAGUACGUGGCGCCAGAAAUCGUAUCAGGUGAAGGUCACGAUUUUACCGUGGAUUGGUGGUCGCUAGGCAUCGUCCUCCACGAAAUGCUAUACGGGACGACGCCGUUUAGGGGUUUAACCAGGAAGGAAACGUUUUACCGGAUUUUAACUAAACCGUCGGAACUCGUUGGCGAGCCGACACCGUUGAGGCACUUGAUAAAGAAAUUACUGGAAAAAGAUCCAAAGCAAAGGAUCACGUUGGAAGGAAUCAAGGGACACGAUUAUUUUAAGGGGAUUGAUUGGGAUCUGAUCCUGCGCAUCCAACGGCCACCAUAUAUUCCCGCACAUUCAGAGGAGGAGAUUACAGUGGAGGAAAAGGAUGGAAUAAAGAGAUCGGACGUGGAGCUAUUUGUCAAAGAAAUAUUGGCAAACGGCGAUGGUGGUAAACAUGAUGUGAAUCCCAACACCGAUGAUUCUCAGAAAUUAAACAAAAACAAUGGCCAAUUUCAUCGCCCCGCAGAUCAUCAUUUUUCUGUCUUCUAACUUUACAUCAUUUAU